AUGAGGACAUCAUUGACCAAACAAUCCGCGAGACUUUCGAGGAAAGCCAGACCCCGAGAACAGCAUGACGAGCCAAGCGAGCUCUUCGUCCCAGUCAACGGUGAAGAGAGCGACGUUCUAACACCCCCUCAGAAUGAGCCCCAAGUCAGGGAAGAGCCCGAAUCCGAUGACGACCUCAUGAUCAUCGACGUCCAGGAUGCAUCCGAAAAGGCCCGAAAGGAAUGGUCCAAGCCACGCGACCCAUGGACAGUCGACCUUACGGAUGUCAAGCAGGAGCCCAUGGAGGGGUCUUUUGAUCUUACGUAUGUCAAGGAGGAGCCUAUGGAUGAAUCCUUUAGCCUUCGCCACGCCCAGCCUUCAGGGAUGGAAUCUUCUCCUGAAGGCGACACACAAUCGACGAAGGUCAAAAGCGAGAACGAAGCCCUCGGCAAACGCAGAGCUGAGCUGGCUGCUAAGCUUGUGUCUAGCACGUUGAGUAAGGAAGACAUCGCCGAGUUGGCGCAGAUCACCGAGCAGCUUCAAGCAGAAGAUUCAAAUGCAUCAAUCAGCACAGACACCCCCGGCGAGAACAAGAAACGCAGGGCGCCUGCGAAGAAUGCAGCUGAGUACUUCGCCCGCGAGCAAGAGAAGGAAGAAGAAUCAGAGAAGAAACGACAGGAGCGCAGUUCAAAGAGAGGAUCAACAGGAAAGACCUCUCAGUCAUCCAAGCGUCAGAAACUUUCGGCAAGACAGAAACGACAGCUUGAACAGGGAGCACAACGCCUUCAGAGCAUGCGAGGACUCACAGAUGCCAUUCAAGAACGAGCAGAGCAAGGUGAACUGCCAGAAGAGCCAGUCAUUCAAGCGACUCGCAAGAACGAUCAACUGAGACAGAUGGCAGAAGCCGCCCCUGAGGGCACCGACACAGACCUUCUGCGAGAUCAAAUGAGAGAGCUGAGAAGAGCAACCCAAGUAUGGGGUGAGAGUGGCUGCCUCCCGAGAGACAGUAAAUGGAAGAUUCGGGGCAUGCAAAGCCUGCUGCCAAAUCACCAGAUCGUCGUUGGUGCUUGGAUGCUUGGACGAGAGUUGAAGCAGACUCGGGACCUUCCUCGGGGAGGCAUUUUGGCAGAUGCUAUGGGUAUGGGGAAAACAAUCGAAACCCUUUCAUGCAUUGUCGGCAAUCAAGCGCCCGAUCAUAUCAAAGAAGCGGGGAAGGGUGCCACUCUGAUCGUUUGUCAAUCCGGGCAGAUGAUAGAGCAGUGGAAGUCGGAAAACAAGAAGCAUUGCGAGGACAAGAAGUUUUCCGCAAACAUCGUGCAUUACAGAGUCGGCAAUAACAUGGACCUCGACCUACUGGCGUCUUUCAACAUCGUGCUUGCAAGUUACAAUCAGGUCAGGGACGGCAUACCAUCUACCAAAGUGCGACAGCAGAUGCUUGAACAGAUCAAAGACCCCGAGAAGUACAAUGAAUGGCUGGAAGCGGAGACGGGGGAUCUAUUCCAGAUCGAGUGGUUGAGGGUUGUCCUCGAUGAAGCUCACAUGAUCAAAAACUUCAAGAUGCACUCUUCGUUCUCCUGCUGCGAGCUCAAGGCCAAAUACCGGUGGGCAGUGUCGGGAACCCCACUGGUCAACGAUUCUCAAGAGCUUUUCUCGCCCUUGAAGUUUCUCAAGUUCAAUGUCGGAGACAUCGGUGAUUAUGUGCGAGAAUUCGUCCAAGCGGACGACGCUGAACAGAGGCAAAAUCAACUUGCCUACGAUCUGAUGUACAGGAGGUUAGUUUUCGAUUCAUGA